AACCUAAGAAAAAUGUAAACACGCCGAUUUGUACUUUUGUAAGACUAGAUUAGUUAUUAGUAAAGUCUAUUUUUAUGUGAUGAAUGUGCUGUGAAUCUGAUUAAGAUGUCUGCGGGAAGUUCCAAGGACGUCGUCGUCAUCGAUGAUGAGGAGUACAAAGUCACUGAAGAGGAUGAAAUAGCAGCAAUUGACUAUGAAUUAAGGCAGAUAGAAACAGAACAACAGAAGUUGGAAGACCGCAAGAAAGUCCUGCUAGAUCGUAAGCAAAAACUAAAAGAUAACGCUCUUCUAAAAAAGAGUUUCAACCUAUCAAAGAAAAACUGGGACUUGGAAAAAUUCCCUUGGUCAAAGAAUCUUAAGAAAGCACUGACAGAUGUCUUCAAAAUUAAAGAGCUCAGGCCCUUGCAACUGCAGACUAUGAAUGCCUCCAUGUCAAACGAAGAUGUGAUUCUGAUCAUGCCGACCGGCGGUGGAAAGAGUUUGUGCUAUCAACUGCCUGCUGUGAUAGGUAAAGGUGUGACAAUAGUUGUGUCACCUCUGGUUGCCUUGAUGGAAGACCAGCUCAAUGGUUUGCACAAAUUGAAAGUGAAUGCCAAGAUGCUAAGUGCCAAAGCUCCAAAAGAAGAUGUAAAAGCUAUAAUGACGGGAUUAGUUGACAAUAAAUCAGAUCUAAAACUGGUUUAUGUGACACCAGAGUACAUGGCAAAGUCAAACAGAUUUAUGAGUAAACUCCAGAAAGCUUUUGAGAUGAAAAGACUGGAUCGCUUCGCUAUUGACGAAGUCCACUGCUGCAGUCAGUGGGGCCAUGAUUUCAGGCCUGAUUACAAAUUCCUAGGAAUUCUGAAGUCCAUGUUUCCUGAUGUUCCUCUUCUCGGUCUCACUGCCACAGCUCCAGCCAAAAUCAUCGUUGAUGUUCAAAAAAUGCUGGACAUUCAGGGUUGUCUAGUACUUAGAGCAUCCUUUAAUAGACCUAAUCUCUUUUAUGAGGUUCGAAGAAAGCCAUCGGACAAAGAGGCAUGCCUGGAGAUGAUAGUAAGCCUCUUAAAAAACAGAUUCGAAGGUAAAUCCGGCAUAAUCUACACGACAACGAUCAAAGAAUCCGAGCAACUGACCACAGACCUCCGCGCUCGCGGUCUACGAAUCGGCUGCUACCACGCGAUGUUGGAGCCCGAGUACCGCACCAAGGUCUACUCCAAAUGGUUUUCCGGCGAGUACCAAGCCGUAGUAGCAACGAUAGCCUUCGGUUUGGGUAUCGACAAACCCGACGUCCGCUUCGUCAUCCAUCACUGCCUGUCCAAGUCCAUGGAGAACUUGUACCAGGAGAGCGGCAGAGCUGGUCGAGACGGAGAAAAAUCCUACUGCAUCUUACUGUAUCGUCUCAUGGACGUAUUCAAGCUCAGCACUAUGGUAUUCCAGGACAAAGUGGGACUGCAGAACUUGUACAAAAUUCUGAACUACUGUCUCGAUCAAAGCUCCUGCAGGAGAAGCCUCAUAGCUACGCAUUUCGAGGAAACCUGGGCGAAAAGCGACUGCAAGGAGAUGUGCGAUCACUGCAAGAAAGCUAAGAAGAAGAAGGAAAUGGACAUAGGUCCUUCCUGCAGACACCUCUACCAAAUCAUGCAGAAGGCUGUGCAAAGCGAGCAGAGACUUACUCCUCUCAAGCUCUUAGACGCUUGGUACAAUAAAGGAGCCGCCAGUUUGAGAGUAGCCAGUGUUCCUACGCCAAAGUUUCCCAGAGAGAUUGGCGAAGCCGUCGUCGGGUACCUGCUGGUCAACGGGUACUUGCAAGAGGAUUUCCACUUCUCGGCUUACUCUACGAUUACGUAUAUCAAGAGGGGACCGAAGUCGGGGAUGGCCCUGGCGAACGAUCACAAGAUCAUGGUCGAAGUGGAUGAUCACUGAGCCAAGGCGAGUGAACGCGUUGUAUAUAGACUUUUCUCAUUGACAAGUAGUUGUGCUGUCAAAUUUUUUUCAUUUAGAUAGCGUUAUAGAUUUUCUAACAAUUGAAUGAGACUUCAAUUGAAAAAAGGGAGUAAUUUUAUAAAUUACAACACAAAAAUCAACACUAUAGGUUUUUCAAAUAAAUCAUUAAAUAAUUUAUUAUAAA